AAAAUCAACGUAUUUCGUGUGUAAUACAGUGCAAAUAAUUGCAUAAUAAAAUAUCUUAUGUCAAUACGUUAAAAUUAAUAUAUUUAAUAAAUUAACUUUAUUUAUAACAGAAAGGAGAAACAGAAUCAACUGCUACUAUGAAAAAAUUUCUUACCGAAGGAAAAUUGGUGGAAAUAGAAAAAAGACAUUUUUUUGAAAGGAUGUUUGCAAUUAUAAGUUUCAGCAACAUCGUGUUAUUUAAUGUUAAGACAAUAGGAGAGGAAAAUUAUCUGUCUUCUACAGAUAAUCUGUUUAUGCAAUUUGUGUCAUUUGGCCUAAGAAAAAAUUUCCCCUUAAAAACAGAAUUUGAUCAAAUUUUGAGAAGAUGCCUUGAAGCAGGAUUACAAGAAAAAUUUGUUUCUGAUGAGAUACUUCGUCACAGCAAUGAAAGACAGUCGUUGUUCGUAGAACCUGAUGAUUUUCGUCCUUUAACAUUAAAUGAUUUGUUUGGAUCAUUCGGAAUACUAAUAAUUGGACAUACAAUUUCAACAAUUAUAUUUAUUUUGGAAAUUAUCGUUAAACAAAUAACUUCUCACUAUUUAAAAUAAAUUGAAAUGUUCUAGAUUUAUUUUCUAACCAAUAUAGAAUUAGAAGAUGUAAAAUAUAAUUUUAUUUUUCUCUAUGUCAUAUAAGCAACACUAGAUCGAUUUUGAGUAAAUGAAUGUAUAUCUAUAUAC